GAGACGUUCCUGCCGUGGACUGGGCCGAGUUCAGUCAUCACUUUACGUACCGCGGUCGUUAAGUGAACACACGCUGCAAUUCAACGGCUGAAACACCUCUGGUGGAACACUCUCCUGACUUUUGAAUUUUAUCCUUCGCUGAAUUGAAACCAAAAACCAGCCAAAAUGGGAGGUGGUCUCGCAGAUCCAGUUGCAUUCAUUAAGGAUUUUGCUGCCGGCGGUAUUUCGGCUGCCAUUUCAAAAACUGCCGUUGCCCCUAUUGAACGUGUCAAGUUGCUCUUGCAAGUUCAACAUAUUUCCAAGCAAAUCUCUCCUGAUAAACAAUACAAGGGUAUGAUCGAUUGUUUCGUUCGUAUCCCACGAGAACAAGGUUUCCUUUCUUACUGGCGUGGUAAUUUGGCCAACGUUAUCCGUUAUUUCCCCACACAGGCGUUGAAUUUCGCCUUCAAGGAUAAGUACAAGCAGGUUUUCUUGGGCGGUGUUGACAAACACACACAAUUCUGGAGGUAUUUCUUGGGAAAUUUGGCAUCCGGUGGUGCAGCUGGUGCAACUUCACUUUGCUUUGUCUAUCCCUUAGAUUUCGCCCGUACACGUUUGGCCGCCGAUAUCGGUAAGACCGGCGCUGAGCGUGAGUUCUCGGGUCUUGGCAAUUGCUUAGUAAAGAUCUUCAAACACGACGGUAUUGUUGGCUUAUACCGAGGCUUCGGUGUAUCUGUACAAGGUAUUAUCAUCUAUCGUGCUGCAUACUUCGGCUUCUACGAUACAGCUCGUGGUAUGUUGCCCGAUCCUAAGAACACUCCUAUCUACAUCAGCUGGGCUAUUGCACAGGUUGUAACCACAGUUGCCGGUAUUGUCUCGUAUCCAUUCGAUACUGUCAGACGUCGUAUGAUGAUGCAGUCUGGUCGCAAGAAGACUGAAAUUGUUUACAAGAGCACCCUCCACUGCUGGUCCACAAUUGCUAAGACAGAAGGCACGAACGCCUUCUUCAAGGGAGCAUUCUCUAACGUUCUCCGCGGUACAGGUGGUGCAUUCGUGCUUGUACUUUACGAUGAAAUUAAGAAAUUCUUGUAAGUUAAUUGUAAUUACCCAAAAGUAAAGAAAGUAAACAAAAAAAAAACAU